UGUCCUGAAUGUUAUUGAGGUUGGAUUCUCUAAAGCAAAAGAACUUCAAAAGAUACAAACAGAAGAUGUAACAGAAUUAAGAAAAAAACUUAAAAAACGUAAUCCAGAUGGAACACGUGAGCAAAAGCCAAUGGAAACAGACGAAAAGGUCUGGGAAAUCCUUCUUAGCGCAGACAAGAAGGACUAUGAGAAGAUCUGUCUGGAGUACGGUAUCACCGACUUCCGCGGCAUGCUGAAAAGACUUAUUGAAAUGAAGAAGGAGCGAGAGGAGGAGAUUGCCCAGUUCAUCACACACAUCAGGACACUAAAGCCCAUUGAGGUGAAAGACGAUGACUGUGCAACAAUUGAGCUUGACAUAGACCUUAAGGAUCCAGCAAGCAAAAUUUUCCUGUACAAGGAUGGUGUAAUGGUUCCAUUCAACAAAGAGGAGAUUGAUGGAAUGAAGCAUAGUUUGAAACAAGUCGGGAAAAAAUAUGUUUUCACAAUUAAAAAAUUGGGGAAAGAUGAUGCUGGACUCUAUUCGGUGGACGUUGAGGGGGUCAAUGUGUUCUCCACGGAUUUUAAAGUUCCUGAAGUUGACUUUGCUGUUAAAAUAAAAGAGGUCAAGGCAGAAGAACGAGAGGAUGCGCUCUUUCAAUGUGUCUUAACUGCACCAAUGAGUGAGAUCAAAUGGUAUGGCAAAAAUGCUCUGCUAUCAAACAGCGAGAAACAUGAAAUAAUCGUGUCUGAUGAUAACCUCAUCCACAAGUUGAUUGUGCGGGACUGCCUGCCUUUGGAUGGUGGUAUUUAUGCCGCUGUGGCAGGAAUCAAAUCUUGCAAUGCCUGGCUCAUAGUGGAAGACCCAGGAGUUCAUUUUCAUGCUGGCCUUUCUGACUGCAAAGCAAUUAUUGGAGAAGCAGCCGAGCUGGAGUGUAAAGUGAGCAGGGAAGAUUGUGUGGGAAUCUGGUACAAAGAUGGAGCUGAGAUUCAAUCAAAUGAGGGACUAACUAUUACAAAAGAUGGAUGUUUCCACAGGCUGAAAAUUCACAAAGUCACAGAGGAAUAUGCUGGAAAAUAUAAAUUUGAAGCAGAUGGGCGGAAGACGGAGUCCGAGAUUAUUGUUGAGGAUCCACCCAGAUUUGAUGCUGAAGACCUGGAAGAAUUUAAAAAACCUGUAACUGUGAAAAAAGGACACAAAGCAACUUACAAACUCUCUUUUAUUGGACGGGAACCGAUUAAGGUCCAGUGGUAUCUUGAGGGUGAAGAGCUUUCAGAAGAAAGUAAUAUUAAGAUUGAGUAUACAGAGGGGAGCAGUCGUCUGCUCCUGCUCAAGCUGCAGCGCAAAGACAGUGGUGAAAUCAAGUUUAAACUCAAAAAUGAGUUUGGCACUACUGAGGCCUUCAGCCAGCUUAUCAUACUGGAUAAACCCACUCCUCCAAUGGGACCUUUGGAGAUUGUUGAAGCUGGCUCAUCUGCAAUUGAUUUCAAGUGGAGACCCCCCAAAGACAGUGGCGGCUGCAAGAUCCUAAACUAUAUUCUUGAACGACAACAAGUCGGCCGAAACACCUGGAAGAAGGUGGGACCGAUUGGUCCUGAAGCCAAGUACAGGGACACUGAUGUGGAUCAUGGUAGGAGGUACUGCUAUCGCAUUAGAGUGGAGACUGAAAUGGGAAUCAGUGAGCUGAUGGAAACGGAAGACAUUCAAGCCGGUACAAAAGCUUACCCUGGACCUCCAUCUGCACCAAAAGUUGCAAGUGCCUUCAAGGACUGCAUCAACCUUACCUGGUCUUCCCCUGCUGACACUGGAGGAACCAAUAUUCUGGGAUACAACCUUGAGAAACGCAAGAAGGGCAGCAAUCUCUGGGGUCCAGUCAACCCACCAAAUGAUAUGAUCAAAGGCAAAGGAUUUGCUGUCAAAGACGUAAUUGAAGGAAUGGAGUAUGAAUUCCGUGUGUCUGCAAUCAAUAACUCUGGAGCGGGUGAAUUUAGUUCAUCAUCUGAGUUUGUGUUUGCCAGAGAUCCUAAAAAGCCUCCUGGUAAAGUCACUGACUUCAAAGUGACAGAUUCUACCUACACAACCCUGUCUCUGACUUGGAACAAACCCAAGAACAUUGCAGGGGUUGAAGAUGAAGCCAAGGGAUAUUUUGUGGAGAUCAGACCUGCAGAAAAUACUGACUGGGAUCGAUGCAAUUCUAAUGCAAUAACCAUGACUUCAUAUACGGUAAAGGGCAUGAAGUCCAUGGCCAUGUACUGGGUGAGAGUCAUUGCUACUAACGAUGGAGGUGAGGGAGUGCCUCAGGAGCUGGACAAUUACAUUCUUGCUAUGCCCCCUCCCGUGAGGCCACGUUUCACUGAUGCCAAAAUUAAAAGUUUUAUGGUGGUGAGAGCAGGAAAUUCUGCACGAUUCAACAUUAACUUUGAGGCCUCCCCUUGGCCAGAGGUAACCUGGCUGAAAGAUGGAGUUCCAGUUUCUAAAAAGGUGACCAUUAGCAAUGCUGAAGGUACGUCCCAGCUUCUGAUUCCUUCAGCUGAGCGAUCAGAUACUGGAAUUUAUACAAUCAUUGUCAAGAACAUAGUUGGCCAAGAAACAUUCAGCAUUGAAAUUAGAGUCACAGAUGAGCCAAAGCCACCAGGUCCUGUGGAGACUGAUGAAAACGUGCCUGGCACAGUGACCAUUUCAUGGACACCAUCUCCAGAUGAGAAACGUGAUGACAGGCUACACUACAUGGUGACUAAACGUGAUUCAAGCAAAAGAUCCUGGCACACUGUUGCAGAUCGAAUCUUCAACAAUAAAUUCACAGCAUGCAACAUUAUGCCAGGCCGGGAAUACCAGUUCAGAGUCUAUGCAAAGAAUGACAUGGGUUCAUCCAAACCCUCUGAAUCACAGAAGUGGCUAAUUUCUUCCAAAAAAGAAAAGUUUACUGUGAACAUGCCGGAGACAAAGGCCUGUGAUCUACAGUGUCCUCCCAAAUUCAUUGUCCCUCUGAAAACACAUACUGCUCCUCAAGGGUAUGAAUGUUACAUGAGUUGUGCUAUAAAAGGAGAUCCAACACCUCAUGUGACAUGGCUCCGCAACAAUAUCAGUCUAAACACCAACACUAACUACUUCAUCUCCAACACCUGUGGAGUCUGUUCUCUGCUAAUAUUGAGGGUUGGAUCUAAAGACACCGGAGAAUACAAAGUUGUUGCAGAAAACACUUUGGGAAGAGCAGAGUGUUCCACUAAACUCACAGUCAGAGAUUAAAUGAACAUGCAGAACAUGGUAACAUAAGCCAGAAUUUUGAUAAUUCAUAAACAGCAUCUUUCAGAAUUAGGAGAACCUGGCAUCGGAAAUGAAACCUUCAUUUUAGGAUGCUGAAUCCAUAAUGGGCUUUACAAAUCCUUCAAAGAGCUAAAUUUUCAAAGAAACCUUAGGCUAACAAUGUUGCCAAACAAAAAAAGUCAAAAAUUUGUUAUGAUUUUCACUGUGUACCAUCAAUAAAAAUAGAAGCCUGAAACAGUGUAUUACAAAUGUUACCUUUCAUACAAUUAUGUAAAAAAAUAUUUGCAUUAGGUUUCUAUCAUUUAAAAUUACAUUACUAGUUUUCAAUUUGUGCUGAACCACUAAUUAGGUUAUAAUUUUAUUGUCAUUAACCUAGGAUGGACUACUCCUAUUACCUGGCAUGCAGAAGGAUAUUGUGAGAAGCUAUGUUGAGGAAAGUGGGGGAUUUCGAGGUUGUGGAUGAUUGUUGUGAGACGCUUGAAACUGAGAAAUGGAAAAUCAUGCUUACAUUAUGCAAAACAAGGCAGCGGAAUGUGAAUCGGCCUUAUCAGCAGAAAUGAAAAUAUGGAUAGGGGGAAUCCAAUUCAGUACAACCAAUGGCAAAAACGCUAGUGCCAGUUUUCCCCAAAAGAAAAGUUCUGAUGAAAAAUGAAGGUCUUCGGUGUGAUACCAAAGCUGAUUCUGGGUGGACUGCAUACAAGAUGGCUGCCAUCUUUAAUUUGGCCACUAGAUGUCACUGAUUUGUGCAGAUUGUUACUUCAAAGGUAUUAAUGUAAAGCUGAUUUAACCUUCUGCUUUUUGUCUUUCAGUCAAUGUUUUCAUUUACUUGUAUAAUAAUUGUUUGGAUCAUUACUCGUGUUACCACUGCUGAGACAGUUUUGUUAUUGAAGCCCUUUGUGGCAGUUCCAGCAUAAUUUUGCUAACAGAUGAACAGUCAAACAAAGAUUUUCUCACUACAGAGGCUGGGAAUCUGCUAUCAAAAAUAAUGAUUUAUUUAUUUAUUUACUUUUAAACUUAGUCAGAACCACAGGUUUUAAGCAGGCAUGUCGGGCUCCCCGAUUGAAAGCUUUGUACCCUCCCUUUCAAACAUGCUAUGAACAACUGGAAGUAGCGUUUCAGUAGGAAAACUCAUUACAGGAGCCCCCAUUUAGGUGAAGUUAAAAGAACAGAGGCUGUUUUAGAAUGUUUUGGUUUGCUAAAAAACAUUAUUGUAAGUUGAUAUUGGGUGUGUGCAUGCUGUUAUUCAUAAUUUCUGAAUAUACAAAUGAUCAGAACUUCAACUUGUUGGAUCCUUGCUCUCUGGAGGCCCUCUUUGUUCAGGAAGGUUUGCAGUCAUCCCUUCAACUCAAACUUGGAUGAAGAAACAGACUUGAAGAGUAGGUCAUAAAUAUCCAGAUGUGUUAGGUUUGGUGUAAAUAAAUAUUUUA